GCUGGCUUGCCUUGGUGACGUAAGCCAGAAGCCCUGUCUCCUCUCUCUCUCUCCUCACUCUCUCUCUCUCUCUUUCUCUCUCUCUCUCUCUUUUCUGUGUGUGUAUGUGUGUAUGUGUGUGUGUGUCUCUCUCUUCCCCCUCUUCCCCCUCCCUUCCCAAGCUCACUAACAUUAAAGCGAAAAUGCUCCUUUCUGUGCCUCCUCGUGCAGGAAUUGCCACUUUUGGCUACAACAAGAGCAACAAGAAGCCUUAUGUCUCAGUGGCCCAGCAGAUGGCACCCCCAAGUCCCAGUGGCAGCAGCAACAACAACAGCAACAGCAGCAACAGUGGACCAGGCGGCGGAGGCGGUGGCGGGGACCAGCUGAGCAAAACAAACCUGUAUAUCCGGGGCCUGCACCCGGGUACCACAGACCAGGACCUUGUCAAGCUGUGUCAACCAUAUGGCAAAAUUGUUUCCACCAAGGCCAUUCUGGACAAAACGACCAACAAAUGCAAAGGCUACGGCUUUGUAGAUUUUGACAGCCCCACAGCAGCUCAGAAGGCAGUGACAGCACUCAAAGCCAGUGGGGUCCAGGCCCAGAUGGCCAAGCAACAGGAACAGGAUCCUACCAACCUCUACCUGUCAAACUUGCCUUUGGGCAUGGAUGAGGCUGAACUGGAGUCGAUGCUGAAGCCAUUUGGACAAGUCAUCUCCACUCGCAUCCUGCGUGACGCCAGUGGCACCAGCCGGGGAGUGGGCUUUGCCAGGAUGGAGUCUACAGAAAAGUGUGAAGCGAUUAUCACCCACUUCAAUGGCAAAUAUAUCAAAACACCCCCAGGGGUACCAGCACCUCCAGAUCCGUUGCUUUGCAAGUUUGCUGAUGGUGGGCAGAAGAAACGCCAAAAUCAAGGCAAAUAUGUGCAGAAUGGACGAGCCUGGCCAAGGGAAAGUGACACGGGCGGGAUGACCUUGACCUAUGACCCCACGACAGCACUACAGAACGGGUUCUACACAACGCCCUACAGCCUGGCCCCGAACAGGAUGAUUGCCCAGACUGCCCUCUCCCCUUAUCUUCCAUCGCCUGUUUCCUCUUACCAGGUUCACAGCCCGUCCUGGAUGCACCAUCAGUCAUACCUCAUGCAGCCUACGGGGACAGUGCUGACGCCUGCCAUGGAUCAUGCAAUUUCCAUCCAGCCCACUUCCAUGAUGGGGCCCCUCACCCAGCAGCUGGGCCAUCUUUCCCUCAGCAGUGCUGGCACGUAUAUGCCGGCGGCAGCGGCAGCAGCGGCAGCUAUGCAAGGAGCCUACAUCCCCCAGUACACACAGGUGCCUUCCUCUAGUGUCGCAGUUGAGGAGAACAGUGGCCAGCAGAGCCAUGUGACAGUGGAGUCCCCAUCGGAUCAUGCUGCCUAUCCGUAUCAGUACAACAAGUAACAACAGUGCCAUCGAGCAGCUCGGCUCUGGGCAAUCACUUCGAGGGAGACAACUUUUUGUGUUCGUUUGUGUUUUUUUUAAAUCGUGCUGCGUUUAGAAGACGGAAUUGUUUUUGGUUGUUUUGUUUUUUUUGGCUUUCCCCCCUCUUUUUUGACAAGGAAAAUGGUUGUUCUGUUUUGUUUUUGUUUGUUUUUUUAAAGAAGGAAAUAACUGCAAUAGACUUUUGACACCGAGGAACCAAAGGAGGUUAGAGGUGGGGGUGGAAAGAGUAUCCCCCAUCCUUUAGAUGUACAGAUGGACUAAGGACUAUUUUAAUACAAGGAAAACAUUUUUGUGCGUGGGUGUGUGCGUGCGUGUGUUUGCGAGUUUAUUUUCUGGUUAACAACAAAGUCAAAUGCUUUGGAUGCCACAAAAUUCCCCAGAGAAGAACUGUUUUUUUCCCCGCUUUCUUUCUGAAAGGUGGCUCUGGGAGGAAAUUUUUUGCUCCAUUUGGAUUUGUUUUGUUUUUAUUUUUCUUUGGUCACUUAAAAGAUUUUUAAAGGACAAAUAUGCAAAAGUGUUUGAAUAACUUUUUUUGGGUUGUUUUAUAAGAAGUUGCUCCGAGAAAGCCCCACCUUGCAGCUGUAGGAUCAAAAUCAAUGCAGACUUUUGUUUUUCCUUCUUCUUUUUUUGUCCUCGGGGUUGGAGUUGCGGGAGGGAAUUUUUGCUUUGAAAGGAUUAUUUUAUUAUUUCCAGAGGGUUGUUUUUUUUUUCUAAAAAAGACAAAUUUACAAAAAAACAAAAAAAAGGAAAUCAACAAAAAAAUCUACAAAAAAAAAAAAGAAAUCGACAAAAAAAAGUUGAACUUUUUGGACGGCAGCAAGAGGGGCUUGCAUAAACCUUGUCAAGUUGGAGGGAGACAAAGCAGUUGGCGGCGUCUGACGAACUGAAUGCUCUUCUAUUUUUUUCUUUUGGCAUAAACUCUGCCCCAGCUGAAAAGAGAGAGAAACAGAGUUUGCUUGAGACCUCAAUUUUUGCCCUGUUCUGAUGGGACCGGUUCUCGCUGGAUGCUUUGGACUCUGAUUUGAGCUUCUGCGCGGACUCUUCUUGGCUUCCACAUGGAUCUUCUCCCCGACCUGCCGUGCCCUGGUUCAGGAGAACAAUAAACUGACUGAGGAACCUGCCGCCAGUGAUGUGUCGCUACUUCUGGACUCUUGGACACCGAACGUAGAUGUUGCCGCCAGCACCAGCAGCAGCACUUCCUCCCCUGCCCCUGGGUCACACUCUCUCUCACACUCACAUACACACACAGUGCCUUCUGCCGCCUGCGGUCCGGACUGUGCUGCCGUGUGCCCUCUCCAAUUCCUGCAUGCCUGUUAAGCCCAGGUGCACAGUGCGUCUAUGUUUUGGACAACCCAGCCGUGGCCGGGGGUGGCGGAGAGGCAGGUGUCGAUGCUUCCCGCUGGCAGGGAUUCAGGGAGGCCUGCUCCAGUUGCUUUAAAACAAUACUUGCCAGGGCGCAUCCUGCACCUUGCCGGAGCUGGCAGGACUCUUCCCUCCCUCUGAAAUGGAGAUCCUAGUUACUAUGCACGUUCCCCACGCCACCGCCCCCCUUUCCCUGCUGCACAUGCAGCCCUUGGUUGCUGGCUCCCUCCUGACUCGCAAUAGCAAGCGACUAUGUGCAAUAAUCCGGCCCUUCCUACAGCGUUUUCCCCGGCGAGCCUCUUGAAGGUACCAAGUGCUUUAGACACCUCUCUGCAUGUUUCCCUUCUACUCUUCUUCUUCUUCCACCCUCCAUCCCACCCUCAUUGCUUUCCCCCAACCAGAUGGUGCUAACUGUUGUCUUCUCUCUGCCACCGUAAAAUCACCCAGCCAGGUUGGCAUGAAGCUGCUCCUUUUGCCAUGUUUUAAAACGUGGCUUUCCCAGACUUUCAUGGAGGUGAUUAUGAGAAAUCUUGCUCUGUGCCCCAUUGCACUGCACCCUCACUCUUGACGCCUAGCUCGGCCCUUUGAGGAAAUUGCUCUUAUGUAGCUGACAAUCAGGGAGGACAAAUUGCAGAGGCCACAUGGAUGUCAAGGGAACCAAGGAAGGAAGGAGCCAGGGAGAGAGAGAGCAGGAACAUUAGAGGUGUAUGGUGUGCAUGAGUGUGUUUGUGCACGUGUGCAUACAUCACCCAUGUGCUGGAAGUAUGCGGUAGGGUGGCAUUUGUAGAAGGCACCCCUGUAUAACUGGGUUUGUGACAUACUCAGGGUGCUUGUGUUUCCUUGUUUUUUAAAGGUCGCUUUUGGUUUGCUUCUUGAAAGCAUUGGCCUGACUGUGAAUAGGAUUGGGUUUAGCUCCCAACAGGAGUGUUUGAUGUUUCCAAAAUGUACCUGCUCAUUGGUAUAGCUUACCUGCUGGUUAUUGAUCCCCCACCCUUCCUUCUGCUGCUGGUGGGCAUGGUGGUGGCGCAAACAUGUGAAGAGACUGGUGCCUUCCUUCCAGUAACCCUCAGAUACUAGUUAAAGAGACAUCUGGAUAUAAGUGAGCCUUGCUUGUCAUCUCCCUAUUGCCAGAGUAUUGGUUAGUGAGCUGUGAAUUAGCCAGCAGCAGUUCUCUUACCCUCAAGGUGCUGAGCAAAACUGAAGUGCCUUAUUUUGUGAACGGGCACUCACUUUCAACUCUUUUUUUUCCCUUACAUAAAUCCAUAUAAGGUUUAUGCACAUUGACUUAGGCAAGAUUUGGAAAUGCAGUAGACCGAUAGAAAUAUGAUGGCAUUGGCCUAGAAUUUGAAAAUGGUUUCCUCCCAAUGUAAGCCUGGUGCUUACAGUUUGGAUGCCUCCCCCAAGGGAAAUAUACCCCACUCGCUGACCUCACGCUUGGGCAAAAACUUGCUGUAGUAGCAAUGUUUCAUCAUGUUUAACAAUCCCAGAGCAUGUCACUUUAUCCUAGUUAAGAUUAAAGGCGUCUAAUGAAACAUUGCCUUGGCUUCCUAAGGCAAGGAUUUUACCAGGACAGCAUGUAUAACAGAUUAGUUGGUUAUCAUGACUUCCUUGGUGCAGAAGGAAUAUCUAACUAUUGUUAUUUUAAUCAAUUGCUUUCAGACUCACUAAACCCUAUAGUUUCAUAUCUUUCUUUUGCAGCUCAGGCAUUCAGAUGUAACUUAAUAAUGGUGAAAUGGUGCUUAAAGGCCUUUCAGUGAUCAAAUGUGGCUUAUUAAAUAAGGAUAUUCAUGAGAUUUGUGUAACCACAAACAGCACCAAGCAGCUUAGUUACUGUAAAAGCACUCAGUUUAUGAAUAACUAAACAUUUGAGUGAGUUUGGAAUCCAUUUUGGAAAUUAGUGUGUUUUAGAAUAUGGGCUUUUGGUUUUGGAUCUCUGCCAUAAGGGAAAAAUGCUUGUAAUUAAAUAUAGGAAUCUUUUCACUAUGAAUACAAAUUUCUGUAUCCUGAUAAGCAUGUGAAAUUUACAAGCUAGUUGCAAGCACUUUGUCUUUCAUUAAUCUCAGUCACUAAUUUGAAAGAUUCAUUUAGCCGACAUUUCACACCAGAAUUUUGUGUUCCAAUAUAAUAUGGGUGCCGAAAAGCCUCUUGUCCUCAGAUAAGCAUGUCAAAACCUGCAGCAGAGAAUGCAACUGAGCAGUGCAGCAACCCACUUGUAAAACCAUGUUACUUCCAUGUGGGUGCCUCUGUGCAAGUUUAUGUAGAGGGUAUGGAGAGACAAUGUAAGAACAUGUCUAAGUGGCAGCACCCAUUUUCAGGAUCUAAGCCCAGUGCUUUCAGAAAGCCUGUGCUGCCUUCUCACUCCCACCCUGCUCUUUUGCUCAUCAGUCAGUUGCACCAGGCUUGUGCCAUGUGCUGCUCCUUCCGAGGGCACAUCUCCUUUCCAAACAGGUUUAUGCUUGCCCUGAUCCAGUUUGAGUGGAGUGUUUAAGGAGGGAGAAGCCACAUCCAUUGGUUGAGUGCCAUUUUGCAUCAAGCAGGCUGUUGUUGUGGCAGGUGCUGGGCAGGGGAUUGGCAUGUGGGUAUAAUCCCUUUGGAUAGAAAAGAGUGAAGACCAGGCUGAGUCUUCACUUACAUUCAGAUGCUCCAUUCUCUUGUUUCCAUUUUUUUCAGUUUGCCACUGUAGCGAAAUAACCAAACCUUCUCAAGCAUAGUGUAGCUUGUUUCUUAAAGGAUUUGAGCUUGGAAGAAUUGCCCUUUUGGGCUUUGGCUGCUAGACUCCCCCGUGAAGCACAGCCUCCGGUCAUGGGAAAUUCUGGGUGUUGGUGGUGCAAAAAGGAACAUUUCCAAAUUCUGUGAUGAGGUAUGUUUUCUGUAUGAACAGGCAGUGUUUAUGGAGCUCAGUAGUUACCUAGUAAGAGCCACUGCAAGAAGGAAAGACGAAUGUAAAAAUGGUAAGGGAGCAAACCAAAGAGCCAAGAGAAGGGUGUAUGUGUGUAAAGAGACAGAAAGGUAACAAGUGACCCUGAGUAUGUGAAUAAGGUUGUGGCUACAGGGUAGAACACCAAGGGAGAGCAGAAAACGGUCUUGAAGGAAUUAAGAUGGGUGCUAGGACUGGAUGUGUAGCUAUGUGUGUGUGAGAGAGAGAGUGAGUGUGUGCUUGCAGGCAUAAGAGGUGUGCUGUGGGCAAGGCGAUAAUACAGACCAGAUGCUUCAUCACUCUAAAGCCUCCUUGGGCUGCCUAGUCGUUUUUUUCUCCCCCAUCCCCUUCCUAAAGCGCUUCCUAGCCCCUCACACCAAGAAUUCACAUCUACUGCAACCAGACAGGCGAUUGUGGGCAGCUUAUCCCCAUUUCCCAUUCUGAAAAAACCUGUGGUUUAGGACAAACCCUCACUUUCCUUUCCCCUCUCUUCCUAAUUGAUAACCUCCAUGGGCUGCAGAGGCCUCCUUUUGAAUGGCACUGCCCCCCCCCCCCCCCCCCCCCCCCCCCCCCCCCCCCCCGCAGUACCAGCUCAGAUCUGAAAGGAAGGGGCCAGGUUGCCUCUUUGCUGUUGCGGCAGCAGAGGCCUCAUCUUCUUAGGUUAAGCCCGUUUCCUGGUGGGAGACUACAAUCGAAGGCCUGGUCAGAGGGCAGGAAGGUCACAUUUAUGGCUGCUCAUCUUCUUUUAAGCUCUGGAGUUGCCAUGGAGCAAUGAUUCAGCGUAAACCAUCAUUUACAUGUCGAACCUGGGGCCCUGAACACAAGUUGUGACCUCAAGAGCGUGCCCUUCAGAGCUGCUGGAGUUUUGAUCUUGUGCCUUGAUUUCCCCUGUCCCAUUCUGCCAGUGGGGGAACAAGCCCCUGCACUUUAAAGUCCCAGUCUAGCUAGGCCUUCUCUUGUCCUGCUAGCCAUGAAAGUCACCCCCCUUCCCCGUGCGCUGCCUCCCUCCGUGUCUUGAUCUGUGCUUGCAAAGCCGUUUUCCCUGCCGCAGCCUGGCUCCGCACAACCCACUCCUGCCCCACGCUUCUUCGUCCCGUCCAUCCUGCAGAAGGGAAAGCAGCCAGAGGUCUCCCAAGACCUGGCAGACUGUAGGGGAGUUUCAAAUCUGUUUGUCCCUCUUCAAUGCUGGUAUUUUUUUAAAGCGAGCUGCAUCGUCCAAACCUCUUUGUCUACCUAUUGAUUCCAUGCUUGCAUUAAAACCAUGUCCUCCUUGGAAGUUGUUGGUGCUAUUUGGGGGAAGAAAAAACAACACCCGGUUCAUGAUUUCCCUCCAUUUUUCCACUCACCAGUUCCAGUUUAAUUUUUGUUUGCCAUUCUUAGCUAAACAUCUACCUCACAUGCUCUUGCAGUUCAUUUGUAUAUCCUGAACCGGCAAACUGCACCUUCUCCAAGGGACAAGGUCCCCACCUUAUCCUUAGGAAAAAAAAAACCUGGGUUCCUCUGUCUCGCUGGGGUCGGGGAGGGGGAGAAGAGAGGGAAAUGUCUGUCUUUGAUGAGAAAAUAUCCCCAUGUUGCUGCUAGUUACUGAGAGUUUUGUUAAAUGUACCGUUUUGCUUUGUUUUUUAAACAAAAAUAUCCUUUGUAAUAUGUAAAUCUUAGCUAGCUUCUCUGAACCUGAACACAAGUGUUUUGCCCAAAGGGAGGACACAAGUUUGGUGGCCUCGGUGCGGGACCCCAACAAUGGCAAGGAAUCUACACAGGUAAUAAUAAUGGUUCUUCCCUCCCCCCUUUUUUUUGUGUGGUUUAGACAAAGCCUUCAGAGGCUGUGCAUUUUGCACUGGAGAAAAAGAAAGCUUUUUAUCUGAACUGGAGGUUGUAGACUGGCACCUGUCAUUUGGUCUUGAAAGUCACGGGUGAUGGCCAUGGCCUCUCUUUUUGAAAACAAGUAAAAUACAAUGUUUCUUCCUGUCCUGGGCUUAAAUGAACGGAGGCUGCUUUCUUAAUGUUAUGCCCUCCUCAAAAUUGUAUGGAAAUAAGGAAUUCAGAGGAGACAAAGGAAAUAGUUGGCCGCACAUUAGCUUUGUUGAAAUCCCCACAUUUGCCUUGAAACCUCUGGGAUCUAAGUCAAGGACUACAACCAAAAUAAGAGUUGGCAACAACCUAAUAGCAAUGGUAGGGGAAGGAAUUCAUUUUUUUUUUUGCCAAGGAUUACCAUAUUAGGGAGAAAUGAUCUAUACUCCGUAGAAAGAAUGAGAGAAUUUACACUUUUAGCACCAAGGUGGUGUUAAAAGAAAAAGCAAAAAAACUCUUUUGGCAUCUAGACUUGGCUUAUCCUGGACAAGAUGAAGCCUGACUGGCCAUUGCUUGCCUCUCUUGCGCACACCCCCUCAAACUGCUGUAACAAAAGUGAAAUGCUGUAACAAAAAUGAAAUGAUGCUUCUCAGAAGCAUGGCUCUUCCGGCUAAAGAACCAACAUGUAACACAACCACAAGUGUAGGCAAAUGGUGUCAGACAACUGCAGACAAACUGAUUUGCAACCCAAUUUCAGGUCAAUCCGAUCCUCACUUAUCCGAUCCUCAGCAGAACGUCCCAGGCACUGAGUGGUGUGAUUUCCUGCUUCCAUCGUUGCCAGAGAUUUGCUCUUAAGGUAGCAGUACCAAUAUAGCUGUUGGCCACUGUUUUAGGGGAAGACUAAGGGAAGGACUUCAACCUUUGUCUUCCAAAUUCCAGCUCACUCCAGUAGCCAUAGAGCUGAAACCAUUUCUCCUGCUAAGAGUUAAAUGGUCAGAAGCAAUGCAACCACAGCACCCUUCCCAAUCCUUCUGGCCGCUGAUGACAAACCAACAAGUAAACAUUCAGGGUUGCAGACUCUGUAGUAUUUUUCUUCUGUCUUCCCAUCUCUAGUAGAAAGAUCCACUGUGGGUUAAGGUUAUGCUGAAAUCCAAUGCAACUAGCGCCAAACUCCUCUCUUGGACAGGUUUAUAACUUUUCUGCACUUUUCUCUGGAGCAAUAUGUCCUUUCUUGGUGGGUUUGAUGCUUGUAUCGAUGCCUUGCUCUACAGCGACUUGCCUUUAAAGCAGAUAGCAAUAGGCAUCCAUCCUAAACAACAUCCAUCCAUCCGCUAGUUCAUGUCUAUGGUAGGCUUCAGGCUCUCUGAUGUGCUUUAAAACACUUGAUAUUCCUGCUUAAUAACAGAACAUGUCAGCUAAAUCAAAGCACCAAUUUGCCAUAGAUGUACAUGAGUCUUUUGAAAACUCAUUGGCACUCAAAGAAACAGAAAAGCACUUGUUUGCCUCUGGCCCCGUUUCUGAUGCGAAUACAUUCAGAAGUCCAUGUCAAAGGUAUUGGAUCUCUCAAACGCAACUUGUCUGUGCUUCCAUUUGCCACAGACAAGGUGAGAGCUCUUGACUUCCCCAUCCCAUUUCAUGUCUCCAUUCAUUUUCCCUGCUAGUUUUAUUUAUAUACUUAGGACUAUUUGUACAGGUUUUUUUUAAUUGAGAAGUUUCUAUAGUUUUGUAUCUUUCAUGCUAUAGCCAGGCCUGUUUCUCUCUCUCAGUCCCAUACACUUUCCCCUCUGUGGAGCUCCUGACUGGUCUCAUUUUGAACAAUUUUUUUUUGUUUUGAAAUAAAAGAUGGAAAAAAUG